AUGAAUAUCGCCACCACUUGCAACUCCUGGUCCCUUGAGCAUCACAGACUCGAAGAAGAAAAGCGAUGGGUUACUGAUCUCCGCUUCAAGGCAAAGAAAGACAGUGGAGAAUGGAUCUCUACUCAAAUCCGACUCGAUGACUUUCUGGGGAACGAUGAUGGGAACUUCAAUUAUAGUUUGAGGUAUCCCGCACGUAACGUUACUUCGUCCAUGAGUAAUCCCCGACUGGAGGUAACAAGAGAUGGUCGACCGAUUCUUCACGGUCGCCUCACUACCCGGGAUGCCUAUGGUCAUGAUAGAAGUCUUGAUUUGUCUACAAUUCUCUGGAAUAGAGAUGGUCGAAUCUCUCUCAAUGAGGACGUGGCUCGCGCGGAAGACGAAAAAAGAAGAGAACAGGCAAGGCAGAAAUUGCUUGAAAAAGCGCGUCGCAACCCCCAACUGAUGGAGCGUUUGAAGCGCCAGGGAAGACUUUGA